CCCCUCUCCUUUCACUUCUUCUUUCUCUUCUUUCUCGUCUUUCUCUUCUUUCGUUUCUUUCUCCUCCACUCUCAUGUCUUUCUAGAGGGGAUGAAUUCGCGCAAGGUGUCGAAGCAGCUGGAAGAGAAGCACGACAUGCAAGGCAGGCAGCGAACGAGGGCAGGUUGCCAGUCGCCGCGUCUACCCCCGUGGUUAGUUAAAAACCAGGAAAGCCGAGGGAAUUCGCUCGUCUGUUAUUACGAUCGUAUUCGUUUCUAGAGAACUCCAAUCUCUCGCUUCCCCGCCUCGGGUCGCUCUCCCUGUCUUCCUCUCCGAGGCAGGCCGACUCACCGGCCUGACACCGAGGAGAGUCCUGGAAUUCUCUUUUUGACUUUCCCCGUUCUCGCACAUUGGCGUUUCGCCGUCUUCUCGCUGUUCUCUCUCUCCCCUUUGCUAGCUUCUUCUCUCCGCCUCUCGGCGCCCACCGGGCGAACCCCCGCGGUGUCUCGUCUGUCUCCCUCGCGGACUUGCCGCGCCUCUUCUGCCGCUUCUUCUUCUGCCUCUCUGUUUUUUGACGACAUGGCGAGGAUACCUGCGAUGUUCUGGAGCUCUUCAGCUCCUCCACGUUCUCACUUCGACAAGAAACCUGAAGGUCUUCUUCGUCGCCUCUCUGUCGAAACGUCUCUUCUCUCUUCUCUCCCGCGUUCUUCUCUCUCUCAUUCUUGUCUGGUUCCUCUCUCUCGCUGCGCUCUUUCUUGUCUCUCCUCUCGCAUGCGUUUGCGUCUCUGUCUGUCCGAUUCCUCGGGUGCUGCUGCGUAUGCCGCGCUCCCGCGUUCUCCCCCCGGUCCUCUCCCUGGAAGUUCGUUGCUUCGCGCCUUGCCCUCCGUUCCUGCCCUCGCCUCUGCUUCGUCCGCGCCGGGAGUCCUCGCGCCUUCCAGCUGCUCCUCGCCGCUGCUGUUCCCUCGCGAGAAGAAAUGCGACACCACUCAGAUGCGUGCAGUUGGAACAGGACGCGGGCAACAGAUUGUGCUGAGCAAAGAGCGACACGAUCAGCUGCUGAUGGCGGAGAUCACAGAGUUCGCGAUGAGGCCUUGCAGACCGCUGACUCUGCAGGAAAUUGCCUAUCUCAAAGGCCCUCGUACGCCACCUCGGGAAACGGCCGCGCCCUCUUUAGAGGCCCCACUCGCUUCGUCAGAGUCGAUUUCUCCUCCUUCUUCCUCUUCGCCUCCCUCGUCUCCUUCCUCUUCCUCUUCCUCUUCCCCUUCGUCUUCUUCUGCAUUCACGGGAGCUGGGGAAGGGUACAGCGUGGAAUUGUUUCUCUCCGUUGAACUGCCUGUGCGCUUCGCCAGUCGCAUCAAGCAAAUCGAAGCCGUUCCGCUAUUUCACCAAGAGCAACUAAUCAUUCAAGUGCGACAGCUCUACGUCGAGAGUUUCAAACAGCUGCGAAUGUGUGCAUGGCGGAACAAGGAAGAAUUUCGCAAGCUGUUGAAAGACCUGAAGAGGCGCCACGCCCCCAUCGCGCCUUUGCUCGUCACGGGUCUGCGCAAUUUGAAGAAGCGUUUCCCGGACAUCUUUACGGACGAAUUUGUAGACGAUUUUCUCGAUGGCUUCUUUCUCUCACGUAUCGGAACCGAAAUGCUAACAAGCGCGUAUCUCUCGCCUUCGGGGAUUGUCGACACUGACUGUGAUCCUAUGCAAGUGAUCAAGAAGGCGGCAGGAGACGCAGAAAAACUGUGUCACUACCACUACGGCUGCUGCCCGAGAGUCCUGAUCUGGAACAACGAGCGCGAGCGUUUUGCAUGUGUGCCGCAGUACCUCUACUACAUUCUCUUUGAACUCUUCAAGAAUGCGAUGCGUGCGACAGUGGAGCGUUUCGGAGCGGAUUCGAGUUCACGUCGUUCGCGUUCUUCCGCGUUCGACGAGGAGGCGGGCAAAAGCUUCUCGGGUGUACGGACAUCUCGAGGCAGCGUAGGAAACGCGUUCAGCCUCAAGCGAGAAGAGGACUACGAGUACGACAGUUCGUUCUUGUUCUACGGCCGGCCCCCACAGUACGAAACGAAGCUGGCGGACUCAGACAUGCAACUGCCUCCGAUUCAAUUGGUCGUGUCUGGGGACAAUCGCGUGAUUGCGAUCAAGAUGUCUGAUCAAGGAGGAGGCGUAGCGCAAGAGUCAAUCGACAAAAUCUGGAGCUACAUGUACACCACAGCUCGACCCGUCGAGAUCGGCCUUGGCCAGUCUCCUCCGACUGUCACCGUUCCCGACGAAACUCCGUCUCCUCCGACUGUGGGGUCUCUCGAUGCUGCGCCGCCGACGAUCCCCGGCGCGGUCGGAGACAGCCGGCGCAGCGGAGAGACAGGCCCCGUCUGGGACGCGGGGGCGACCGAUGCGCCGGCUGUGGGGGGCAACACCCGCCAGUUGUGCUCAGGCUCUCGCGCGCCUUCUCUGGAGAAGCCGCUGCGCAAACUGGAUACCGAAGAGGGAAGUCCGUCGGAAGGCCUUGGGAUGACGGAGACAGACAUCCGCAGUCGAGGAGACACCCACCCGACGCCAGCUGUCGGGGCGAGCAGCCCCCCCACGGGCGCCGGCUCGAAUGGGCCCUCGACCCCGCAGGUGUCUCCCCUCGCAGGCUUUGGAUGCGGCCUUCCCCUCAGUCGACUCUAUGCUUCGUACUUGGGGGGGAGACUAGAAAUUCUUUCUCUGCCCUUCCAUGGAAGCGACGCCUACCUGUAUCUCAAUCGAGUUGGAGACAAAGAGCGCAUGCCCCCCAAUUCAUUUCCCCACGGUGUGACCCAGAUGAUAAGAGGGGAACUCCGGACGCAGGAAGAACUCGAGCUCCUCGGACUGCCUCGGGACUGACUACGUUUUGUGCGAGAGCAUGCAGAGAACCCGGCGGUGCUGAGUCGACGGCCGGUCUUUCGCGCUUGUCCCUGCCCCCGACCCCCCCUCUCACCGCCCACAGUACCCGCAAACUGCGUUUUUUUUUACACAUAGCAGUUUAUAUUUGUCCGUGUAAGUGAAGGUGUUAGUAUGCAUGUGAACGUACGUACAUGAAAUGUGCAGCGGUUCACUUGUCUAUAGAGAGAUGCAUACAUUUUGUAUGAACACCUUCAACGGCAGCAAAGGUAGACUCAGUUUCUUAACUACGUGUCAGUGGGCUUUGAAUAUUUUUCUGCUUUUGCCGCUAAACAGUAUGCGAGUGUAAGCGUGCUACGAAACCACUGACGGAAUAGGGAUGCAUAUCUGCGCUUGCAGCGAUAUAGGUACUUUGGUGGGUGUCGAUAAACGUGCGAUAUAGGGAUGUUUGUCCGUUAGAUCGGCCUGUGUGCGGUAGGAGUUUGCUCCCGCGCUUUUUUUUGUGUCUGAGCCUCUCGCAACUCGGCGGCGAGGUCCGACUCCCUGAUUUUUCUUCCUUUUUCGCGGGACGACCGUGUAAGGAACCUCUUGCAGGGUUCUGGGGAGAAAAGCCCGGUUCCGUGAGACUUUUUGCAAGCGCUGCGAGUUUUGUCUUCUUUCCCUGCAAGCGAGGCUGCUUUGCCGCCAGCAGUGUACACCAAAAUUUGCUUUGUCCCCGAGAAACGCCAGUCCAAAAGAAUGAAAACCCGUCAUUCGUGG